AUGUUGAAAGAUCAUAUUCAGGAUUUAUUCGUGCUUAAAGAGCUUUAUAAGUACGGCUUCAUUGGUGAAAAGGAAUAUGAAGAGCAGAGAAAAAGCCUGAUUGAAGAAAUACUUGUUCCUAUUCAUGAGAGGAAAGGGCAGGUUUCAGAAGAUCCCUCUCUGUCGGAUCAUUGUAAUCUUGCUGCCGUAAAGAAACUGCUGGAUGAACAGUCCUCUUCAUUUCAGCAAGCACUCGUUGAAAUACAACAAGAGUUUGUACAAUUAAGAACAAAAGACUGGAAGAGAAUUCAAAGCCAGUUGAAGGAACAACUCAAAUAUCUGGAAGAGAAACAAAAUCAAACCAUUUCUAAAUCCCUUAAAAAUCGAGCACAUACUUCGACGGAAGAGAAAGGAUUGCAACAUGAGUCUAUGGAUGAGAUGAAGGUUGAACUUCUAUCAAAGUUUGAACAUAUAGAUGAGAAAAUCCGAGAUUACAUCGAGAGCACUCGCGAAUAUAUCGACAUGAGUGUUAAGGUAGUUAAGCAAGAUCUAAUGGAACAUAAGCAUCAACAAAAUGAAGUCAAACAAGAGAUUCUCGGAUUGCUGAGCAAGAAAAUUGAUCUGUCUGUGUCUAGCCUUACAGCGAGUGGCGAGAGAGCAUUUUCGGAGAUUGAGGCUCAAAAAAAAGACCUUGGCCUGGCUUUUGAAACUCUUGAUGUUUUGCAAAAAGAAUUGUCUAAUCUACCCAAUAAUAUGAGGAGAGAAAUUCAUGAAUAUUUAAAUACCACCUUCAAGGAAGAUGUUCUCACAUCCAUUUCUAAAGGAGAUGAGUUCGUUCUUCAAAGCGUUUCUGAUAUCGCAAGACAAUACACCGACAUAAAAGUGGAUGGCCUUGAACAUGCACUUGAAAAUAUUGCAGAAUUGUUAAGGGAUGAAGUGGAAAACUUGAAAAAAGAACUUGAACAAUCCAUAGCUAACUCCGAGCAUUCGAUAUCCUCGUUGAGAGAGGAAAUGAACAAUUAUGUCCAAGUGUUAAAACAAGAAAUGACUGAAAAGGUAAACAACGUCGAACAAUCAAUGUCCAGAUCAGAAACCAUGAUGAUGUCUGAAAUCGCGAACCUAAAAACUAAAUUAGAAUCUGAUACACUUAAUAUCAUGGAUACCGUUGAUUCUGUGAAACUUGCGUUGAAUGAAAAUUUGGAAAGAAUGGUGUGCAAGCUUGAGAACAAAAUUCAAGAAAACAACCAAGCACAAACUGAAGGAAGGAAUGAGCUCAAACUUGAAUUUGAAGCAAGGAUAGACAGUAUUCAACAAGCUUCAGACAGACAAUCGGCAUUGUUUUUGAACCAUGUCAACAGACUUGAUGAAAAGAUUGACACUUUAGAGAUGGGAAUGAAGAACAUGCUACAGAAAGCUCAAAUUGAUUACACAGAAAACUUGCAUAGAGUUAAUGAAGAGCUCAAGAAAGAGAUGGAAAGAACUUCUGAUUAUAAUCUUCAGUUUUCAAAAGAAGGAAUUCGACAACUUGAAUCCAGACUGGAUAAAGAAAUUGUAACAGUGAAGGAAGACCAGAAAAUCAUUGAAAAUAGCAUUAGACAAUCAUUGGAAAGUUCCUCUUCAACAUUAGCAAGUUUAAUAGAUUCCUCACUUUCUCAAAUCCAGCAAGCUAAGAGUGAUCUCCAAAAUCAGAUACACCUUCUCUCCUCUUCAUUAACCGAUUUAUCACAGAUGUCUCAAGAAGGGCUUUCCAAAUAUAACGAAAAAUUCACCAAUCUAUGUUCAGAACUGAGAAAAGAUUCAGACAAUCUAAGUAACGGCUUAGCCGAAACAAGAAAAUCAUUUGAAUCCAAAACAGAAGAGUUAACUUGCACCAUACAGACGAACAUGGAACAAAUGAAUGAAAAGCUUGAAAAAACCAGGAUCACAUCUCUGGAAAUAGUUGAACAAAAAUCAAAGACUUUAGAAGAAGGAAUCCGACAAAAUGAAGAAAAACUGAACAUUCAUACAGAAAAAUUGCAAAAGAUGAAGAGAAAAUCAAAACAAAAUCAUAAUGAAUUACUGCAGAUGGUUUCAGAGUUGAGAUUAAAAACUGAAAAUUAUAAUAUGGAAAACCAAGGGCUGAAAACAUCGAUGGCUAAACUGGAAGACCUUUUGACAAGGAUCAACGACUCUUCAAGAGAAGAAAUUAAGCGAAUCAACAUUACGUUGGAAAAAGUUGGUAGCGAUGCUAAAUCUCUGCAAGAGUACACUAAAAAGAGAGUUAAAAAAUUCAAGUCUAUGUUUGAGUCCAUUAGGGCAGAUAAUUUGCAAAUGGAUCAAGCAACAACUCAAAAGAUAGAGGAUAUUUUGUCCACCAUCUCUCAUCUUGCAACAAAACAAGAGCUUUCUUCAACAGAGUCUUUGUAUCUAAAAGAGAUUAAGAUGAUUGAGGAAAAGUUUUCAAACAAGAUCGAAUUGACUGAGGGGCAUAUCAUCACCAGCAGUGGCGAUCUACAAAACAAAAUUGAGGAGAUGCACUCUCGUUUGACUGGUCUUAUUGAAGACAAGACAGCCCAAAAUAUGAAUCAAGUGCUAAAGUUUGAAAAUGACCUUAAGGACACAUUUAAAAAAGAGACUGACAAAUUGCAAUCGAAUUUACAAUUGGACAUUCAGGAAAAGAUAUCUUCUAUUUAUCAAAAGAUGAACAUCGAUGCGGCAAAUGUCAAAAAUGAUAUUCAAACUCUGGAAACAAAACUAAAGCAAGAACUCACAGCUAUGGAUGCAAAACAAAUGCAUGAUAUUCAAAACAACGAGAUCAAGCAAAGACAAGAGAUUCAAAAUUUAGAAGAUAUCUACAAACAAGAGUUGAAAAAUAAUGAAGCUAAACAGUCACAAGAGCUGAAAGCGUUGGAGGCCAAAGUUUAUGAGAAACUUGAUUCAUCUGAGAAUGAGAUAAAGAGUUUAGUGCUGUCUGCCAAGCAACGUGUUGAAGAAUAUAACGCUUUACUAAGAGAUGAAAUUGACUGGAAUGCUCAAACGUUGAAGAACGAGAUAACUCUACAUGACUCAAAGGUAAAUCUUCAGAUAAAAUCAGAGGUAGACACUCUAGAAAAAUCCAUGAAAAUGGAACAACAGAAGAAAAUUAAAGAGAUUCUAGACAAGACUGAACAAGAAACCACAAAAUUGAAACAGGAUUUGCAAAAUGUCGAGAGAAAAGGCUUCCAAGAACUCGAAUCCCUGGAAAUGCGCUUUAAACAAGAGUUAACGACAAUAAGGGAGAAACAGACCGAGGAUAUUUUGUCUUUAGAGAUUAAGUACAAGCAAGAAAUGGGGUCACUUUCUCAAUCGUUCACAAAUUCAUUACAAUCUAUGGAAACAAAAUUUGAGGAAAAGUUAGAUGUAUUCAAUCAAACCAUCUCGAAGAUUGAUGAAAAGUGUGAACAAGUUACUGUAGACGCACAAUCAAAUCUUAAUAGUGAAAUCGAAAAAUUGAAGAGAAAAUUAGACGAACAAUAUUUGAGAAUGGAACAAAACUUCAAGGACAAGACGGUAGAGACUGAAAGCACGGUAAAUGACAUGAGAAUUGAAAUGCAAACAACAAUAUCUGAAGUAAGAGAAAAUAUCAGAAGUGAAAUAUCAACUCAAAAGCAGGAGAUUCACACUCAAGCCGCAAAACAUCAACAAGAUAUUGAAUCCAUUGCUUCCAAACAAAUUCAAGAAAUGGAAUCGUUCGAGUUGAAGAUAAAACACGACCUCAAAUCAUUGAAAGAGUCUUGCCAGCGGGACAUGAGGCAAAUCGAGGAUAAAUACAUUCAAGCCCUUAACUCGAUGGAAGCAGCCAUCAAUCAACAGGUAGAAUCAACAAACAAGAGUGUUACGGAAAUCAACAACUCCCUUAUGAAGGAAGUUGUCAAGCAUGAGCACUUGUUGAACACAGAACAGAAACUUGAAUCACAUCUUAAUGUUUUACGAGAAGAUUUUGAGUUGAUUAGAAAUACAACCCAUCAUCAUUUUGACCUCUUCAACGAGAAAAUAGAAAAUAUUACCAGGUUUGAGUCAAAACAAGAGCAAAUUAACAAAGACAUUGUUAUGAGAGCUGAACUCUUGCAGGUGCAACAACAGGUCGACUCAACAUUAGAGCUACUGAACAAAGGAAUUGAUGCUGUGGCAAAGUCGUUGAACGACCUCAAAUUGACAAUAAGUUCUGUUGAAGAAACAAAUAUUAAUAAUAUCAACAAGAUUGAACAACACAACUCAUCAAUCGAGGAAUUACAUGAAAAAUUGAACAAGCAAGCAGCAAAUAGCGCGUUACAAGACCAAACACUGCAAGAAAAACUAAAUAUUGUGGAUCAAAAAUUGAAUAAUGAAAUUAAUGUGGUCCAAACAAGCACAAAGGAUGGUUUAACAAAUGUUGAAACGAAGAUGAAACAAAGUAUUUUACACCUUGAGUCACAAAUGAGCGAUCAAAUUUCCAAAAUCCAAUCCUCCUUAGAGAAUAUCAAGGAACGUUCACAGCAUGAAAUCAACCAGAUCGACAUAAGGUUAAUGGAUGUCCUAAAACAAGAAUGUUCCAAACUUGCUACAAAAGAUGUUGAAUUAGAAACCCGUCUUGAGAUCAUCCAUCAAAAUAUGCAUUCUGAUAACGAACUAAACAACAAAUCUCUCAUGGCUAUCCGAAACAAGAUUGAUGCUACAAUUUCCGAAAUUGAUAUGAUGGGUCAAGAGUUAAAGAAAGGUAUUUCUCAAUGUCGAAGUGCCCUGACAAAUGUUGAAAAAACAAUUUCUGAGAUAAAGGCUGAGUUGCAAGAAAACGAUAGAGAAGAUGAAGAAACAAAGAAAGAGCUCACAUUAUUUAAAGAGCACCAGAGUAGUGUGAACAGCUCUCAUUUAUCUCAAAUUUCGGAGAUGAAAGAGCUAAUCUCAGAGAAAGAAAAUACUAUGGAAGGUAAACUCGAAACGAUUAAGGCAAGUUUGUUAGAUCAUCUUAAAGAAUAUAGCAGCGCGUUACCGAUUCUAAAAACUUCCAUCGAAAAACUGGAAAAGGAACAAUGCGAUCUUAGUAAUUUAACAGCUCACUCUCAUCAAUCGUUGCAAGACAUGCUGAAUGAGAAAAAUAACAAUAUGUACCAGUCUAUCAAAGCCUUGUCAGAAGUUGUGGAACUUGAAAACAAAAACAACGUAGAAGCAAUAUGUGAAUUGAAAUGCUGCAAUGAUAAAAUUGAACAACAAUUUGUUCAAGUGGAAGAAACCAUGAAACAAAGAAUAUCUGCAAUGAAAGGCUCAAUAAUUGAUGAAAUCUCUCAAACCAUUUCUUUAAUUAAGGAAGGCAUUACACAGUUAGAAGCAAAAUCUGCAACGUCUAUUGGGGUUCGUCAACAAAUGGAGAACAUUGAACUGAAGUUAAAUGACGCAAAAGAGUCCUUACGUUUACAGCAAGAAAUUUCAAAUUCAACAAUGCAAAAUAAGAUAACAGAAAUCAAAGAGAUGCUUGCAAGUCACAUCGACGAAUCUUUGCUACAAAUGAAAGAUCUUGAUCAGAAAACAUCACUUAACAUUGAUACUAUCAAGAAAGAGCAAAUGGAUGCGUUGAAUAUUGUUGAACAGAAAAUGAAUAACAAUGUGUGCAGUGAGAUGGAGAAGAUUCAGAAUCUGAUCAGCACUUGUUCACAUCUUUCUCAACAAAAUGAAGAUUUUAGAAGUCAAAUUACAGUAUUACAAAACCUAAUUGAGAACAUGAAGUUAGAAAUUUUAGAGAACGAGAACAGAACCGACAGUUUUUCAAAACAUUCUCAACACCAGUUUGAUAAUAUCAAUCAGCAUGUUCAGGAUCUACUUCUCAAACUGAAUGAUAAUUCAGAUCUCAUAUCCAAGCAGAUGACAGAACUUAAGGAAGAAGUAGAAGUACGCCAUACAGCUCUGCAAGAAGUUUCAAAAAGUUCUCUUGAAAGGUUGUCCAUAUGCUUUACAAAGCUAAAUUGCCUUAACGACACAUAUUUCGAAUGGAAGAAAGAAGUAAAAGAGCAACUGGAAUCUCUAAUGAAAUUGAUGGAAGAUUCAGAACGAAAGAAAUUAGAAAAGCUUCAAUCUGUUUUGCUCUCAAGUAAUGUGUCCAACACACAACAAUAA